AUGACCACUACUACUACUCAAUCACCUUCAAAUCAUCAUCAACCCAUUCAAACAAAUCAACUUACUUUACCAUUCCCAUCUUCUUCAACUUCUUCAUCAACCACAAAAACAACUACAGCAAAAACCAUUAACACUUCAUCAUCAAAACCUACUAGUAAUCACACUUCAACUCCGAUCAACUCCAAAUCAGAUCGAAAACCAUCUACUUCUUCAUCUUCUUCAAACAAUACUAGUCAUACUAAACCAAUCAAACCACCGGCUCAAUGUUCAUUUUGUGGUAUGACAUUUAAAAAAUUAGAACAUUGUCAAAGACAUGAAAGAACUCAUACGCUUGCAAGACCAUAUACUUGUACAGUUUGUCUUAAAACCUUUGCUAGACAAGAUACACUCAAUCGACAUUUAAGAUUACAUACUCGACCAGAAGAUGGACAAGCGACUAAAUCCAAGAAACGAAAUCAUCGGAAUUCGAUCAGUUCAACGAAUACCACACCACCUACUCCCACUCAUUCAUCUUUACCAAGUAUCAAUUUACCUAGUUCAUUUAAUCCAUCACCUUAUUUUUCAUCACCUCAAGUAUCAAGAUCAAGACCGGCAAGAGAACGAGGGUUUUCGUUAUCAGCGAUCGAUGAACAAUCUCCCUGUAACACCAAUCAUCCAACUUAUCAUCCACUUCCCUUCUCCACUCAACCACGUCAAUCUAUAAGUUUACCGCCACAUUGGAAUCAAUAUCCAUCUAAUCUGGUCCAACCAUCUGCUAAUCCUAAUCCUAAUCAUAAUCAUCAGAAUCCUUCGGAAGUCUUGAAUCAUAAACACCAAAACUUACUGGGCUCUACUUCGGGUUCUGGGUCGGGGUUUAGGAGUAGAUCUACUAGUCAACCUGAAGGAUUUCAUGAUUGGAAUUUAUCUAAUCCUUCUACUACUUAUCAUACUUGA